AUGUCAAGUAAACAGCAAUGGGCUAGUUCUGCUAUUCAAAGUGAUUCGAGUGGAAGAUCACUCAGUAAUGUCAACAGGCUUGCAGGAGACCAGCAGUCUAUUAACGAUCGUGCGUUAUCGUUACUGCAAAGGACGAGAGCAAGAAAGAACUUACUACCCAGAAGAGAAGAAAGAAGGCGUUAUGAGAGCUCAAAAAAUGACCUAGAUUUUGAAACAGACUACGAAGACCAAGCAGGUAAUCUGGAAACUGAAACAGAGAAUGAAGAAGAAGCUGGAAUGAAAACCAAGGCACCAAUAUCCGCCCGAACUCAUUCGUAUGCUUUAGACAGAUACGUUAGGCAGAAAAGAAGGGAAAAGCAAAGAAAGCAGGGCUUGAAGCGUGUCGAAAAGAGAUAUAGUCCUAGUGAAUUAGCUCUGUACGAAAUUCGAAAAUAUCAACGUUCUACAGAUUUAUUAAUUUCCAAAAUUCCAUUUGCAAGGCUAGUGAAAGAGGUUACAGAUGAGUUUACAACCAAAGAUCAAGAUUUACGUUGGCAGUCAAUGGCGAUUAUGGCGCUGCAGGAGGCAAGUGAAGCAUACUUAGUAGGGUUACUGGAACAUACCAACCUCUUGGCGUUGCAUGCGAAAAGAAUAACUAUAAUGAAGAAAGAUAUGCAACUAGCAAGAAGAAUCAGGGGACAGUUCAUUUAG